AUGGAGCAUCAACAUAAGAUGACCAAGAGUGUGCUGCAGGUUCAUAACAGCAAUCUUUCACAGUUAAAUCACGCUUUCCUGCAAAAGUGGGCAGUACUGGAAGACUGUUCAGUGCCAUCCAGCGAAGGGAAUGUAGGAUUCUUACAGCUCGAUAUUUCGAUAGUAACAAGUCUUCAAAAGUCCACUCCUGUCAUAUUUCCAUCAACAGAUUGUGAUACAAUCGAAGACAAUCUUCUGCUGCCACUGGCGGAUAGUAAAAAUCUCCAACGGGUUAAAUAUUCCAUCAGCAUCUUACAAGGCGAGUUUGACACUAAAGCUAAUUACGCAAUUCAAGUUUCAUUUGGUGGUAUAAAGUCAAGAACUAAGCUAGCUCAUAACAGUAACGUUCACGAAUGGAAUGAGAAGAUUGCUUUUAUUGGAACAUUUCCGUCGCUCACGCAAACGUUCAUCUUUGAAAUCAUUGUUAGUGACUGUUGCUACAAACGAAUCCUGACAAGCAAAGAGCUGCCGUUCUCAAAACUAUCAAAGCAGAUUGACAGCGUUUAUUCCCUACCUACUUUUGGUCCAUCAUAUCUUUAUUUUUACCAUGGUCACCAUAAUGAGGCGUACGUCGGUCGGUUGUUGCUAACGAUUUCCACCGAAGUGAUUCAUAACCGGUCCGUUUCUCCUAGAAAAUGCCAAUCUUUUCCUAUUACAGUGCCACUGGAUACUACAGCUUUUUGGACGGAAGAAAACUUUCUUAUGAAACUAAUUAUUCUUAAUGUCUUGGUUUUCGAUACUUCAAAGCCCGCAAAGAUUACAGUUGCUUUGAAAUGUUUGUCCCAAUCCUCAAACGCCAUCGAACUAAAACUAGACAAGCAUCCAACAUCCAAAGUACGCUACGCCAACUUCCAGGAAUUCCCUUCCCAUCAGCGACCGAUGUUGACAGUAGGUUUCCGAUGUGCGGAUUUUCGAUGGAAAUAUCUGCUGACCAUUGCCCUGCAUCGUGCGUUCACGUACGGCCAGGAACUUCUCAGGAAAUAUGUUCUAUUUCGAAUGGAUAAUGUUGACGCUAAAAUCGAGACAAUGAAGCGCGUCAUGCAGAAUGUUCUGGAUGAAUUUCAUAAAGUACUAAAGGAGGCACGGACAAACUUUUACGUCGGGACGGACAAGCGACUAACGCACUGGGAUCAUAAGCGGAUGCUGUACGUUGUAGAGCAAGUAGACCUCCUUUCCUUGUCAAUAAAUCAGCUGAAACUAUCAUUAUCCAAUGCUACCCUGGACGACAUGUCUACAUUUCAACCAGAGCUAUCUCGCCUCGUGCAUACCCUAGAGGAUCUAGUUUACGAUGAGCAGAGUACAUUUCCCGAAUGCCUUCUAUCCGUGCAUCAUUCAAUAGGACGAGGUUGCUGCAAGCAAAGGAAAGGAAAAAGAUGUACCCAUUUUGAUGCCAUUUCUCGGUUGAAUACCAUCGAAUAUCUGUACUUUCCAUCGGUUACCACCGAUGGGGAUGGCGAUAGGAUAGGCUCACCGUGUGCGAAAAGAAGCACAAUAUUGCCAAGGCCAUCACGUUGUCAGCACUCCUGUGACCCCGAGUGGUGUGGCUGUGUGUAUGCGAAGUUGGAUGUAGCGAUCUGGGCAGGAACGGAACAGGAAGCAAAUGAAUGGGAAAAGCGACGAGGAGUAGAACGCGAACGAAAUGUUUUGUCAGGUAAAGAAAACCAACAACCACGGGAACGAGUUCAAUGUGGUGAAGCUGCUUUGGCGGUGCAAUGUAUUGUCAAUGUACAUCAGGGAAAAAUUCAACCCGGAUUCGAUAGCACCGGAUUGAGUGAUCCCAAACUGGUGGUUUUGGUGGAAAAUUACGAAAUGGUUACUUCGGUUGUCCCUCAGACGUUGUCUCCUCUCUGGAAUGAAGUCGUUGAAUUUAGCAAUAUCAAGCUGCUGAAUAACGAUGACUGGUUCCGUAGCGACGAACUGACGGUCAUGCUUCUAUUGCUCGAUGAAGAUAAACGGAUGUGUUCUCAGAAAAAGGAUGAAAUUAUUGGUAUUGGAUGGGUCAAGUGUCGUCUUCGUUCAGCUGCAGCAAUUGACCGAGAUCCACGAGCCGAUGCUAAAGAUACAAGCCCUCCUGAGUCAACAAAUGCUGACACGUCGUCUCUUAGGAAUCAAUCUUUAUUAGAUAAUGACCGGCAAGGUGAAAGUGUGACUAUUGCGGCUCAAGCGAGUGAUAAGCCAUCGGAUUCGGUCGGUCAUCACCCUCAGGAAGUAGACAAUAAAAUAACAGUUUCAUGGAAAAGAAACAAGCAUGCUCCUGCUGGUGACUUGUGGAAUGAGUUCGACGACCGGAGGGAUUCAGUUUUACGAUGGGUAGGAUGUUAUCGCAAUGGCCAGCGAAUGGCGGAUAUAUUGAUGUCUAUUCGGUUUGAAAACGUGAAUGAAAAUGAUGACGAAAAGGUGACGAUGCGUUUGAUUCAUGGAAUUCCAGCAAGCAUUUGUCCAAAAACGCAAAAGUUCUACGUGGAAGUUUUAUUUGCUGGUUUGAGGAAUCUACACAGCUUGACACGAAGCAGUGCUGGACGGUUUCGAGUUCAAGUGAUUUUUGGAGAGCUUAAACUGAUGAGCGGCCUAUCAUAUCGAAAUACUGGACAAUCCUUGGGGUUUUCAGACAUCUACGACACUGGAACUUUGAUGCUCCCGUCAAGGUUCGAAUAUUGGCCCCCAAUGGUGAUUCAGCACAUCGAAUAUUCCCAGUUGAAAAAAGAUCGCAUUGUCGGUGCCAAUAUAAUUGAUCGACCUGAACUUUCAUUCAAAGAGGACACUCUAGAACCAAUCAAACACUACUUGAUUAAAACUUAUCGUUCCCACAAUGACAAUGAAAGGAUUUCAAUCGACACUUUCUUCAGUGCAGAGGAUCAACCACUCAUCGAAUCGAGCAAGAGGAAAUCAACUUUAACUCAAAAGCUACUACCGGCACUGAUUGCCGUGAAAACAGUCGUCGAUAGAAAAAUCAAGGCCGCCACAGGACGCAAUAGAGGUUCUAAGAUUUCAGCUGCAACCAGAAGGCGAGGCUCCUUGGAGACGGAGUAUACGUGGUGGACAAAGUUUUACAAUAGCUGCAGCUCCCAACCGUCCGAUUACAAGCACAAGCUGAAGAUCUUCUCUUGUGAACUCGAAGCUGUUCCGGAAUUUGAAUGCUUUCACGACUGGAGUGCACCUGUUCCUCUGCUUAAGAAGGUUGACCAUAGCAUGAAGAAGCCUCCUAAAGUAUACGGUCAUUUGAAAUGUAAAAUAACCAUCCGAUCAGCAGAUGACCAAUCUAAUGAAAAUGGAUCGACCAGCCCUGUGUUCAACCAACUGUUGCGUUCCAUCCCAAACUUGAUCACUGAAACAAAUGUGACCGUAGUGGUGUACAUUGUUCAAGGACUAAAUCUUCGAUCACGAGAUAUAUUCAGUCUUUCUGAUGCUUAUGUUAAAUUGGAAUAUGGAAACGAAAAAAUUGUAGAUCGACCCAACUUCGUUAAAGAUCAGGCCAAUCCUAUAUUUGGAAGACGCUUUGUCAUGCAUGGUCGGUUACCUCGUGAUCAAGCGUUAAAGGUAUCUGUGAUUGAUAGAGAUACGUGCUCUUCGGAUGAUUUAAUUGGAUCAACUAUAAUAGAUAUCGAAGAUCGCUUUCGAACUCGACAUUUUGCGACAUUUGGAUUGCCCCAGGAGUUCAACACUACAGGAUACAAUGCUUGGCGCUUUCCCAAAAAACCAAGCUCUCUUCUGGAUCAAAUAUGUUUUCAAAAUGGAAUUGUCGGGCCCACCUACUUUGGAAGCGUAGUGCAACUUGCGGGGGUUACCUUCCAUGAUGAAACUGUUCUAUCCACGAUUGAAGACAUUCGUGAAAGAUUGGCCCUAACAGUUCUAAAGAAUUUUCAUAAAAUUCCUGUCAUCGGAUGCCACCUGGUACCGGAACACGUUGAGAGUAGGUCUCUGUUUCAUUCCGAUCAUCCAGGGAUUGAGCAAGGAAAACUGCAACUUUGGACUGAAGUCUAUCAUGAAGAUUCCAUCCCAACUCUGGUUGACAUUACACCAAAUCCACCGAAACCUUACGAGCUACGUAUAAUCGUUUGGAACACUCAGGAUGUCAUCCUUGACGAAAGGAAUAUUUUUGGAACGGAAAUGAGUGACAUAUACGUGAAAUGUUGGAUUCAAAACGUAGAAGAUGCACAGUUUACUGACAUUCACUACAGAUCAUUGGACGGAACGGGAAACUUUAACUGGCGUAUGAUAUUUCCGUUCGUUUAUUCUAGCUCAGAAACCAUGAUGGUGGUAACACGCAAGAAAAGUUUCUACGAGCAACUUGACACCGAGCAGAAAGUUCCUCCGCUGCUGACGGUUCAAGUGUGGGAUAAUGAUAUCUUUUCCCGGGAUGAUUUUCUCGGCACAUUGAACCUAAAUCUGGCUCAGCUUCUGCGACCUGCCACAAAGCCAGGAAAAUGUUCUCUACAACCACCUGAUGCUACCGCAACCGCUCGGGACCAAUAUCUGAAUCUAUUCCGGGAGGAGAAAGUCCGCGGAUGGUAUCCAAUUGUGGGGAAAGUUAACAAUAAGAUAGCUCAAACGGGAAAAAUUGAGCUUGAGCUUCAGAUUAUGACCGAGGAAGAGGCCCUUCUAAGACCUGCUGGGAGAGGACGCAAGCCACCGCAGAAAUUGGCAAAUCCUGACCGCCCAGACACGUCCUUUAACUGGUAUCGCAACCCACUCAAGUCUUUCCGGAUGAUCCUAUGGCCGUUUGCUCGAAAAGUUUGCCUGUUCGUGCUGGUGAUAGCACUCGGCGUACUGCUCUGCUAUGGUUUGAUAAGCAACACACCCAAAACGAUAAUCGCUAAGGCCAUUGCCAGGAAGGCUUCCCUGGAUCACUUCGUCAGCACUGGUGUUAUGGAAGAGUAG